UUCCGGUUAGGCAGUAUUCUAUUUCCUCCUACAUUGGAACAAGACUACAUAUUUACUGUUCUCUGUGGCUGUUAUUUCUUCUUACGGUCUCUUCCAAUGAUUUUGCGAAGAAGCAAUACCUAAUCUUCGAAAACCUCUUGAAUUUGGGGUUGUUUAAACCGAACCUUUCCGACGUGAUGAGCUCUUGGAUAUUUGCAAGAGUGGCAUUUUACCCUUCCCUUCUCUGGGGAAUUGCAACGGAGAGUUCCACCAAACGAUGGUACGAUCGUAUAGACACACACGUCCUCUUAGGAGCGUUACCGUUUAAGAGUCAAACUAAGGAGUUGGUGGAAAAUGAAAAUGUUAGAGGAGUAGUCACCAUGAAUGAGGAUUAUGAAUUAAGAUACUUUUCCAACAGUAAAGAGGAAUGGGAAAAUUGGGGAGUGACUCAGUUACACUUGCCUACAGUGGAUUUUAACAAUGCACCAUCUCAGGAGAUGCUUAGAAGAGGAGUUGAAUUCAUCGAAGAAAUGAAUCAGAACCAAAACAGUGUGUAUGUUCACUGCAAGGCAGGAAGGGGACGCAGUGCCACACUUGCAACAUGUUAUGUUAUGAAGGCCAAAAAACUGAGUCCUAUGGACGCACACCAAUACAUCAAAAGUAAAAGACCUCACAUACUUAUUGCCUCUCGGCAGUGGGAUGCCAUUGAACUGUUCUAUAAGAACCUGUUAGAUCAAGAUCACUGUAAUGCAACGUAGAAUUUUGCAUGACACACUUCUACAUGUUCUGAUGAUAUAUGGAUUUUAACAGUGUUAAAUUAUUUAAUAUUUAAUAAUGUAAACUUAUUUUUUAAUAUUUAAAAUCAGUAAGAAAGCAUGCUAUACAUAAGCUUUUUUUUUUUUUAGAUUGCAUUAAUUUUGUACUUUCAAAACUUCUCUAACACAAAGUGUGAAACAACUCUUAGUUGCCUGAAUCCAAUCCAUGAAGGCUGGAAAGGCUUGGAAAGUCUGGCUCAGCAGAUCCUGUAAGGAAACACGGUAGAACCCUGCUACUGUGAACUCCCAAGGGAAACAAAAAAUGGUUCAAGUUAGCAGGGCUUUAAAUUGUCAGGGUUGGUGUCGAAUUUCAAUUUUCUUGUUUAAAACAAAUAAGGAAUCAUCUUUUUACCAUUCUUGCACAGUCAACAGUCAUUUUCUUGCAUUUAGUUUAUUUUUGAGGUUUUUAAUUUUGUUAUAAGAACAUUUUUUUGGAUGUUUAGACAAUUGUAUUUAUGUUUUCAUAAUUGUUAUCGCAUUGUAUCAAUUGCUGUUAACUGUUGGAACCUAUCAAUCUGCUUUGUUUUAACACUUUGAUGUUUAUCAACUUAUGUUUUUUAAGUAAAUUUCAAGACACCAAAGGGUAAAUUAAGGGAAGGGAAAGUAAAAUUAGUGCAAGGUAAUGGGGAAUUCUAGUUAAACACGUUUGAGUUAGAUGAUAGUAAAUGACUGGAAAAUGGGGUGAAAUCUUAGAGAAAUGGGAUCUUGUUCAAGUUAACCAGGUUCAAUUGAGGGAGGUUCUACUGCAUUUCCCCUUUUGGGGGCACACCAAAGGACCUCUUCUAUCCUACUUCACUGGUGUCAGCUCCCCCUUAUUUAUAUCCAGGACAGAUCUGGACUUUCACAAGGGUUCCAUUAUUUCUUUUGCUCUCUCCAACCAAAAACAAGAAAGCCACCGCAAGUCGUUGCAUGAUCACAAUGUUCAAUUAAUAAUAUCUAAAAAUAAGCAAACACUUCAGUCAUUCUUUGGAUGAAACUAAAGUUUGAAUGUAAUUUACAUGUAGGCAUUAUUUUGGUGGCAAAAAACUGACCAAACUUCAGCUUUCAACAAGCCUUUCAGAAGCUUUCAAGUACAGUGUGUUUUAAAUGUC